CAAAACGUUGGGGGCCCGACAGCAGGCAAAAGAAAAGUGGAAAGAUUUUCUUUCCACCUACAGUGUUAAAAGAUUCCAUGCUUUCCAAGAUGUGAAUUAAAUGAGAAAUCAGUAAGCUCAUUCUUCGAAAGUUCCAGCCGAACUUCAGGGUUGACGACUGAGAACGGAUCAUAAGCAGAGAGGAAAGCCGUGUUGUUUUCUCCUUGUGCAGAGGCAUCGCCCCUUUAUUUAUCUCUCUUUCGUCUGCGAUCAUUGCAGAAUAGGUUACACCUGGGGAUUCAAGAAUGGGGCACAAUAAAAUAGCCAGAAAGAUUGCUGAACUAUGUCCUGAGUUGGCUGGAAUUGUGCAAGAAAGGAUCAGUCCACGCAAUUUAAUAUUAAAAGAAAACACAAUGGAGCUGCUGGUGCAGAUAUUGUGAGGAAAGUACUCGAAGGGUGGCCAGAAUUUGCUUGGGAGACCGACGAGGAUGGUUGUGUACCAUUGCACUACGCUUGUGAAAGAGGUCUCUUGGAGAUUACAAGAUUGAUUCUAAAAGUAGAACCAAGGUGUGCUAACAGGUUUAAUAAGAAUGCCUACACACCAUUGCACUUUGCAGCAAUGAAUGGUGACGUUCUCCUACUUACUGAAUUUAUGACAAUGGCUCCCAAAUCUUUCAUGCUUCUCACCAAAAAGGCAGAAACAGUAAUGCACCUUGCUGCUAAAUUUGGUAAAUGCAAAGCUUUCGUCACAAUGACGGAGACUUUAGGGAGCAACGAUCUUUUCCGCCGACCGGAUCUGUAUGGCAACACAGUCUUACAUCUUGCUGUUUCUGCAAGCUGCUAUCAACUAGCAGAAUACAUAAUCGUUACGGCAAUUGUUGAUGUCGAGCAUAGAAACUAUCAUGGACAUACAGCACUCGACCUUCUUAAUCAAGCAAGAGUCACCGGUGAAACUGAGCAUAUUAGAGCUUUGUUGAAAUCUGGCUAUCCUUAUAGCUCUAUAACAUCACAACUUUCAUCAGAGGUCGAGACUUCGACUUCUCAGAAUGUGACAAUUGGAUCCAGAUAUGCAUCUGAUCAAAAAUUUGAGAAGCCACCUACGUUUAUGACGAAUAUGGGGAAUGAUGUUGGCAACAAAACCAACAAUCAGCAUGUGAUCAAUGAUGAACUUGAUGAAACCACUGCUGAAGCUGAUGCUCUCUCUCAAUCUGAAGAAAUCCAGGAUGAUAAAUAUGAACAAGGAUCCUCAUCAGAAAGAACAGAAUUGCAUCAUCAACGCAAGUAUCUAAGCAAGAGACACAGGAAAGAACAGAGGGAGCUCCACAGAAAUCGUCGAAAUAGACAAUAUGACACACAUAGGGAGGGACUACAAAAUGCUCGAAACACAAUCAUACUAGUAGCCAUUCUGAUAGCCACAGUUACUUUUACUGUUGGUUUGAAUCCCCCUGGGGGUUUCUAUCAGCAGGGAACGCUAAUAGGCCAGUCAACAGUUGGUAGAAAUUUGGCUUUUAAGAUCUUCGCUAUGAGCAACAGCAUUGCAUUGUUCACAUCUCUGUGCAUUGUAAUUAUUCUAGUGAGCAUCAUCCCCUUCGAGAGAAGAAAACUAAUGAGGCUAAUGGUGAUCACUCACAAGGUCAUAUGGGUGGCUUUGUCUUUCAUGGCAACAGCUUUUGUUGCAGCCUCAUGGGUGAUCUUGCCAAAUGAUCGCAAAACAAGAUGGAUGCUUGAGACUAUAUUGACUAUUGGUGCUGGGAGCAUGGUAACUGUGUUUAUCUAUCUGGGAGUUCAGUUAGCUAGACACUGGUUGAGGAAGCAGAAAUGGAAGAAACAAAGAGGCAAGAAGAGCAGAAUUGUUGCUGUCAACAAGGAAUUGAAAUUACAACCUUCUAAAACCUUGAUUACAAAACAAAUCGAACCUUAUCCAGUGCUAUUCAACAAUCAAUCAGACUCAUCCAACUCUGAUGUUGAAAGUGCAAAAUCCUUUGGGUAUCACACCUACUAAUGGUGAAAUCUGCUUGUUCCUGAUCUGCCCAAUAAUUUCAGAAAUAAAUUGUCCUUUUUUUUC